UUUUUUCUUCUUUCCAGCUUUCUGAAGAUUUUGAAGAUGUUUAAUAAGUCAUUUGGAACACCCUUUGGGGGUGGCACCGGUGGCUUUGGCACAGCUUCAACAUUUGGGCAGAAUACUGGUUUUGGCACUACUAGUGGAGGGGCAUUUGGAACAUCUGCAUUUGGUUCUAGCAACAAUACCGGAGGCCUGUUUGGAAAUUCACAGACCAAACCAGGAGGCUUAUUUGGUACCAAUUCAUUUAGCCAGCCAGCUACCUCCACAAGCAGUGGCUUUGGGUUUGGUACAUCAACAGGAACAUCAAACAGCUUGUUUGGAACUGCAAGCACAGGGACCAGUCUCUUCUCAUCCCAAAACAAUGCCUUUGCACAAAAUAAACCAACAGGCUUUGGGAAUUUUGGAACAAGUACCAGCAGCGGGGGACUUUUUGGAACUACAAAUACCACCUCUAAUCCUUUUGGUAGCACAUCUGGCUCCCUCUUUGGGCCAAGUAGUUUUACAGCUGCUCCUACUGGGACUACUAUCAAGUUUAACCCUCCAACUGGUGCAGAUACUAUGGUUAAAGCUGGAGUUAGCACUAACAUCAGUACCAAGCACCAGUGUAUUACUGCUAUGAAAGAAUAUGAAAGCAAGUCCCUAGAGGAACUUCGUUUAGAGGAUUAUCAGGCCAACCGGAAAGGCCCGCAGAACCAGGUGGGAGCAGGUACCACAACUGGCUUGUUUGGGUCUUCUCCAGCCACCUCCAGUGCAACAGGACUCUUCAGUUCUUCCACUACAAAUUCAGGCUUUGCCUAUGGUCAGAACAAAACAGGCUUUGGAACUAGUACGACUGGAUUUGGAACAAAUCCAGGUGGUCUUUUUGGCCAACAGAAUCAGCAGGCUACCAGCCUCUUCAGCAAACCAUUUGCCCAGGCCAUAACUACCCAGACCACUGGCUUUUCCUUUGGUAAUACCAACACACUAGGACAGCCAAGCACCAACACCAUGGGUUUAUUUGGAGUAACCCAAGCCUCACAGCCGGGAGGUCUUUUUGGGACAGCUACAAACACCAGCACUGGGACAGCAUUUGGAACAGGAACAGGUCUCUUUGGGCAGACCAGUACUGGAUUUGGUGCUGUUGGUUCGACCCUGUUUGGCAAUAACAAGCUUACUACAUUUGGAACCAGCACAACCAGUGCUCCUUCGUUUGGUACAACCAGUGGCGGGCUCUUUGGUAACAAACCAACCCUGACUUUAGGAACCAAUACAAACACUUCCAAUUUUGGGUUUGGCACAAAUACCAGUGGGAAUAGUAUUUUUGGAAGUAAGCCAGGACCUGGAACUCUGGGAGCCGGGCUUGGUGCAGGAUUUGGAACAGCUCUUGGUGCUGGACAGGCAUCUUUAUUUGGGAACAACCAGCCUAAGAUCGGAGGGCCUCUUGGUACAGGAGCCUUUGGGGCCCCUGGAUUUAAUACUACGACAGCCACUUUGGGCUUCGGAGCCCCCCAGGCCCCAGUAGCUUUGACAGAUCCAAAUGCUUCUGCUGCCCAGCAGGCUGUUCUCCAACAGCACAUCAAUAGUCUGACAUACUCACCUUUUGGAGACUCUCCUCUCUUCCGGAAUCCCAUGUCAGACCCUAAGAAGAAAGAAGAGAGAUUGAAACCAACAAAUCCAGCAGCCCAGAAGGCUCUCACAACACCUACACAUUAUAAACUGACACCCCGCCCUGCCACCAGAGUCCGACCGAAGGCUUUACAAACAACAGGCACAGCCAAGUCACAUCUCUUUGAUGGGCUAGAUGACGAUGAACCAUCCUUAGCCAAUGGAGCAUUCAUGCCCAAGAAGAGCAUUAAGAAGUUGGUUUUGAAAAACCUUAACAAUAGCAAUCUCUUCUCUCCUGUUAAUCGUGAUUCAGAAGAUCUAGCUUCACCAUCUGAUUAUCCAGAAAAUGGAGAGAGAUUCAGUUUUCUGAGCAAACCAGUCGAUGAAAACCAUCAGCAGGAUGGAGAUGAUGAUUCUCUUGUGUCACGUUUUUAUACUAACCCUAUUGCCAAACCCAUUCCUCAAACCCCGGAGAGUGCUGGAAAUAAACAUAACAGCAACAACAGUGUGGAUGAUACCAUUGUUGCGUUAAACAUGCGUGCUGCCUUGCGAAAUGGGCUGGAAGGAAGCAGUGAAGAGACCUCUUUUCAUGAGGAGUCACUGCAGGAUGACCGAGAAGAAAUAGAAAAUAAUACUUACCAUAUGCAUCCAGCAGGCAUCGUUCUCACUAAGGUUGGCUACUAUACUAUUCCAUCCAUGGAUGACCUAGCUAAAAUUACCAAUGAAAAAGGAGAGUGCAUUGUCUCUGACUUCACUAUUGGUCGUAAAGGUUAUGGUUCAAUCUAUUUUGAAGGAGAUGUGAAUUUGACAAAUCUAAAUUUAGAUGACAUUGUGCAUAUCCGAAGGAAAGAAGUGAUUGUCUACUUAGAUGAUAACCAAAAACCACCUAUGGGUGAAGGGCUAAAUAGGAAGGCUGAAGUUACAUUGGAUGGAGUUUGGCCAACAGACAAAACAUCUCGUUGUUUAAUAAAGAGCCCAGAUCGACUUGCUGAUAUCAACUAUGAGGGAAGAUUGGAAGCAGUUUCAAGGAAACAGGGAGCUCAGUUCAAAGAGUACCGUCCUGAAACUGGUUCUUGGGUAUUUAAGGUCUCUCAUUUUUCUAAGUAUGGCCUUCAGGAUUCUGAUGAAGAGGAGGAGGAACGGCCAUCCAAAACUAGUACAAAGAAGUUGAAGACUGCCCCUUUACCUCCUGCAGGCCAGGCCACCCCAUUCCAGAUGGCUCUUAAUGGCAAACCAGCACCUCCGCCCCAGGUAGAGACGGGACAAUGAAUUUGAAUGGAGUCCAUGAUACAGACGUUGAAAGCAAGUCAUUCAGCUAGUACAAAGCUGUUUUAUGACCCCGGAACUUUGAAGAGUACAAAUGUAUUGGCAAUCAUGUUAAGACAAUUACAAGGGAGGGCAUGAGGUGGUACUGGCAUCUGUUGUUUACUUGAGAGAUUCAAAGAAUUCUCUUGCUGUUUGGAUCAUUCCUUCUACAGAUUGUCAUUCUUAAACACCUCCCUCUCUCUUCAUUUGGACUUGCUGAAUUCUCUGCUCAGUGAUCAACUUAAGAUAGUAUUUUGCUUGUGUGGGUUGAUGCAAAGUAAACCCGACUUUUGUUGACUACCUGAUGUGCAGUUUAAUCUUAUGCUUUACCUCCAUGGUUUUUUUAAAAGUUCAGUUAGCUUUCUGCAAGGGUUUUUAACUCCAUUUUUCUCAAGUUGUUUGCUUACACUUCAGGUAAUCUCUUGAUAUUUGUAUUUUGACAAUACAUAAUCUUUAUGAAAAUACAUAAAGCUUUAGAAUACAAAUGAAUUGUUGGCUUGGGGAGAGUAGGGGCUGCAUCAUUUAUUGCAAUUACCUGUACCACACUCUUUUUCAGUAUUGUUAAGCUAGUAUAAACCCUUUGUCCUUAUAAGGAAAGGUUUGUAAUUUAAAUAUCAGGUAGUUUCUUUGCCAACUCAUAAGAGAGUUUUACUUUCAUUUGAAUGUUGUUUAUAUUCAAUCAGGUUAUAACAAUUUUUUUCUGUGCUGCCAUACUCAUCUCAAAGAAGAGAACUUGAUAUAAUAUGUCUUUGUAUAGCAUCCUCUACCUCUCAGCUGCUAAAAGCAGGACCUUUGGAAUUUUCCAUGCUACAAUUCUUAUGGCUGCUGAAAUGUGCGAUUUUUAUGAUUGAUUAAAUAAUUUCUUGGGAGGCACUUUGGAGACUUUUGUGUAUAUCUG